AUGGAUUCAUAUGCCAAGAGAAGACUUGAGUUGAAUGAUUAUGCUGGAAUUCCAUCCAACAAAAGUUUUCAUUCGUUACUUGUUGAAGCGAAAGGGUAUGACAAUUUGCCAUUUAGCGAGAUAGAUUGUAGAUCUUACAUUGCAAAAGUAAGACAACUAAGACUUGGACAAGGGGAUGCCGAGGCACUUCGUAAUUAUUUUGUCCGUAUGCAAAAAAGAAGUUCAAAUUUUUUCUAUGUGAUUGACAUGGAUGAUGAAGGUCAUAUGCAAAAUUUUGCACCUUUUGUUGGAGUAAAUCACCAUGGACAAUCUAUCUUAUUUGGAUGUGGUUUGCUUUCUCGAGAGGAUACAAAAACAUAUGUAUGGUUAUUCAAGUCAUGGUAUGAUGCAAUUGCAUUUGAUGUACAAUGUUCUUGUCAUUCGUUUGAGUUUCACGGAAUUAUUUUUAGGCAUAUGGUGAAGAUAUUGAUUGAGAAGGAUGUUAAAGAAAUUCAUCCACGAUUUAUUUUGUCUCAGUGGAGGAAGGAUGUGAACCAUGGACACCACUCGGUGAUAAAUUGUUAUGAAGAUUUGAUGAGUGGUGAAAAUGCUAAACAGUCUGACUACUUGUGUUGCAAUUUUUAUGAGGUUGCGCAUAUUGCUAAUUCUCACGAAAAGUAUGAAUACUUGGUAAAUUGUAUAAAUAUGGCUAAAGAAAAGUUAAAUGAUGAUUCAUUUUGGGGUUGUAGUAGUAACGUAAAUUGGAUAGUUGAAGAUGUUUGUGUUCCAGACUCGACUAAAAAAUUGUUACCACCCUUGCAAGUACGUAGUAAAGGUCAUCCACCAUCCAAGAGAAAAGAAUCUAGAGCAGAACGGGUUAUGAAGAAGAAUAGAAAGAAAAAUGUACUUGAAAAAACGGAUAACAUACAAAAAGAUCCAAUGGGUCCAAGUCGCGAGCAUGGAGAAAUUUCCUAUAAGGAUGAGCCGAACUACCAAUUUGAUCUUAAUGCACCAGUUUGA